AUGACGUCAUCAGAUAUAGAGAGGCACGACACGGACGACCAUGAGCUCCUCAACAGCAUCAGAGACGACCAACCCCUCCUUCGUGCCCCAGACGAGGAAACAUGGUCGCCCCCUCGGGGGUUCCUCUGGAUACAAGUCGCCAUCAUGUCGAAUGUUUUCCUGUACGGAUUCGACGGCACCAUCACCGCAGCGACCUACGCCAUCAUCAGCUCCGAAUUUGAUGCGGCGAACAAUGCCUCCUGGCUUACCACGUCGUAUCUCCUGACCAGCACUGCGUUCCAGCCGUUGUACGGAAGGGUUUCUGACAUCUUUGGCCGCCGCGUGUGCUUCUUCAUCUCGACUGUGACUUUUGCAUUGGGAUGUCUUGGUUGUGGGGUUGCUGGGAAUGUGGUGCUGCUUAAUUGUAUGAGGGCUUUGACUGGGUUUGGGGGUGGUGGGUUGAUGACUAUGGCCACCAUUGUCAACUCGGAUAUGAUCCCGUUCCGCAAACGGGGUAUGUACCAGGCUCUUCAGAACGGCAUGUUUGGAUUUGGAGCUAUUUGUGGUGCUUCUUUUGGUGGAACUAUUGCCGACGGUAUUGGUUGGAGAUGGUGCUUCUUGCUGCAAGUGCCCAUCUCUGCUUUUGCUCUUGUUGUUGGUGCCUUGGUAAUCAAGAACCCCGAAGGAGGGUUUGACUUGGGUCAGGGGUUUCGAGAUAUCUGGACCAAGGUGGACUUUUCGGGCGCACUGCUGCUGGUUUUGGCCAUCUCUAUUCAGCUUGUUGGUCUGAGUCUUGGGGGGAAUGAGCUGCCAUGGGGGAGUCCGUGGGUCAUUGCCUCCUUGGUGGGUAGUGCCGUUUUGUUCGUCUUGUUUCUGGUGGUGGAAUCGAGGACUCGGGCCAUUCCCAUCAUUCCGCUGCGUCUGAUCAAGGGCAAAUUCCCUUUGCUGGUGGAAUUUGCCAAUAUCUGUGUUGGGUUGUCAGCCUACGCGUACCUCUUCAACCUUCCACUAUUCUUUCAAGUUGUGUUGCUGGACUCGGCUACGGCUGCCGGUGCUCGGCUCGCCAUCCCAUCCCUCGCCACGCCUAUUGGCGGCUUGAUAGCCGGUGUUGUCAUGUCAAGAUGGGGCAAGCUCCUCACUCUGGUACGCACUGGAGCGUUCCUCAUGGUUAUAGGAAACGCCUUGGUGACCUCACUCGGUUUUGAGGAUUCAGCUUGGAAGUACUACGUGUACAUCUUCCCGGCAAAUUUGGGUCAAGGCAUUGUUUACCCAGGCAUUCUGUUUACCUCUUUAGCUACCUUCGAUCAUGCCGACCAUGCCGUUUCAGCCUCGACGGUGUACUUGAUCCGAUCGCUAGGAACAGUCUAUGGAGUGGCAGUGACAUCUGCAAUCCUCCAAACCACGCUCAGCAUUCGGUUACCCGAUGCUUUGGGCGAGAUACCAGAUAAAUGGAGAGUACUUUGCCCCUGUUUUGCGACUUUGAAGAGAGAAGGACUGUGGGGAAUAUGCAGAGAGCUGACAUGUGAUAUUGCUAGAUUGUCGAAGAGAUCCGUCAUUCGGUGUCGGCCAUCCGAGACCUGCCGCCCGACAUCCAACUCAAGGCACGACAUGUCUACUUUGAAGGCCUUCGAUACUCGUUUGCGACAUCUACUGCGGUGGCAGUCGCGGCUGUGUGCGCUGCCCUCCUGGCCAAGGGAUCGAAUCUUAGGAGCACGACAUAAGCAGCUUUGUUCGACGAGUUGGGGGCCGAAGUGGUGGUGGGGUGGUGAGCUUGGAUGUUGUGUGCAUGGUUACCAUUUCCAGUCACAGAACGUUGCAGCUGCUGCAGUGCAGUGCAUUAUCCAAUCAAUCUUUUCGGAGCUGUUUGUGUGUAGCAGGAAAGAGCCAGGCAGUGCUCGUGAAGGUAUUUUUGAACAUGUGACAUCACCAUUUCUUUCCCCACAACCAUGUCCCCGCCAGCAUCGAGCUUCUCCAGAGCCUCACCUCGGUGCAUCUAAUGUCUGUCAUUUGAUCUUCAUGCGCGCGUUGCAAGCCUCGACUUUCGCGCGUCAUUUAGCGUCAUGUAUUCCUUUACUCCUCUUGGGGGGCUCGGCUUGA